UAACAACAAUAAUUGCAAAGAAUCCAAUUUGUUGUAUCAAGUCAUGGGAGGCUUAUUUUUUAUUCCUACACAAAACUGACCCCCGCCCUUAAAAUAUUUGAAAAUCGUUGCUAGGCAACCGGAAAACAGUAUUGUAAACAAAAAUAUUGUUUUUAUGUUUGGCAUUUUCUUCAGGUGGUUCUUUUAUUUCAGUUUUGUUUGUUGUGAAAACAGUUAUCAUUUGAUGGUAUUCUGGCCUUAUGGCAGAAGUGCACAUAAUUGGGCAAAUAACUGAAGCCAAAGAUUUUCCAAAGCAGAAUUUGUUCUGUAAAUGGUAUCUCCAAGUAGGUAAUAACUGGAAAGUUAUUUCUGGGAAGAAGGAAGGUCAAACUCAAGUAACAUCACCUCAGUUUGGUAAAGUUUGCAAGUGGUCUUAUCCAAUAGAUAUUCACCUAGCCACUGCUGGACUUCAAGGUUGGCCUAAGAUUUAUUUGCAAGUUUAUCACUUAGAUUGGCUAGGCCGGAGUCACAUUUUCGGUUACGGUUUCAUAACAGUUCCUACAACUCCCGGGACCCAUAUUUUGGACUGCUACACUUGGAGACCAUUUGGUACAAUAAAAGAUCGUUUUGUGCAGUAUUUUCUGGGAGGUGGGUAUCAAAUAAAAAAUCCAGACUUGAUCUUCUCUUCGGGGGAACGUUAUAAACUCUCUACGGAGGCUAUGGGAGUUGUUUCAUUUGAACUGUGUGUUGUACUUAGAAAUUUCAGCAAUUAUGGAGUGGAAUAUGAGUAAACUACUUAACAAUUUACCGACUGUUUUAAUACUGUGCGUUUUGUUAAAAAGCACAAGUUUAGAAAAUGUGACCACAACCCAGUCAAGUGAAACAAAUGUUAAAAAGGGCACAACGUCACCAAUUGUGUCCACAACCGCUGUUCCAACAACUACUUGCAAAGCCAACAGUUCUUGUUUUGCAAAUUCAACUAAUAAUUCAGUAACUGUUCCUCCAACUCAACAAACAACGGCUUUAGUCACAACCCCGACUCCCGCGAGCUUUUUUCAUUUUCAUAUAAAAACAUCGGAACGAUCAAGCAAGAAUUUGUGUAUUUGUGAUUUAACUAUCGACUACUGUGAUCUGAAUUGCUGUUGCGACAAAGACUGUUCCUUAGAAAAUAAACUUGUGUUUGAUCAUUGUGAAGAAGAUUUCCGUCAAUAUGAUACUAGAUAUUGCCAAUACGUAAAACAUAUUUACGUUAAUAAGACACCUCAUGAGUUUCAAAUUAACCAAAACGGACUAUUUUGUAUUGUGCGUAGUAAUUUACCAGCAAGUUACAUAGUCCAAAGAAAGCAACCGUUGAAGUCAUUACAAGAUGCUCAAUUCGAGAGACAAAAUAAAUUUAAUUGGCCAAAGCCUACACAUGAAGAUAGUCAAAUAUUCAAUUAUUUCAACUAUACUUAUGGAAAACCUUUAUUGAUUUUAAGAAAUAACACAAUUGAAAACUUACAAUUUCUUAAGAGUUUUGUGGUAACUAGUUGCGUGGUCAAAGAAGAUAUAAAAUAUUUAAUUGACGUCAAGAGCAGCUGUAGUCAUACGAACAUAUCCGCAGAUAAUUAUUAUCUAAAAGCCGACACAUUUUUCAGAAACAUGACAAUAAUUGCAAAUCCUGGUUUGCUAAAUGUGUCUAAACACAAAAAUUUUCUCAAGAAUUGUACAAAAGAUGUUUGUCUAAAUGUUCGGCCAAAAAUAUGCAACGAAGACUUUGAAGACUGCGUCCAAAUAUCGCCAAACGACACGAGAAUAAAAUCGAGCUGCAAAGUUAACAUUGCAAACAACGAACUGUUUUGUAUUAAUUUAGUACAAAACGUUAGAUACAAUUUUUAUCAUAAUGGUAGCAACGGUUUGAUAAAAGUCGAACUUUACUUGAUUCUGAAAAGUGCCACUUUUUAUUACCACCAGGAAAUGGAGUUUUCCCAAACGAUUGAAGUUAAUUUUAUUUGGUGGAACCAUACUUUGAACUAUUCAUCGCACCUUAGUGGAAAUCCGGGAUAUUUAGUUGGCAAGCCAAUCUUAAUCGCAAAUAUCGUUUCUAUAAAUGUUCCUAUAAAUAAUACGAACUCGACUAGCAAUGCAACAAGUUACAAACAACAAUUACAGCUAUACCGAAAUCCUUCGGAUUUUACCGAAAAUUUCCUCGUUUUGCCGUUUGUAAAUUCAGAGGGUGUGUGCGUUCUAAGUAAACACAAAUAUACUCCGAUUGAGUUCGGUUAUAAUAUGUAUCUAAGAUGCGAAAUUAAUGAUUAUAUUUGGAUCAAAAAUCUCUCGGCGAAAAAUGUAUGCAUUGCCGUACAGAACACAGUAUUCAAAUACUGGGCCUUAAAAGUAACAAAUGGUACAUUAAGUAAUAGAGUGAUUGCACUGUUCGGUAACGCAUACAUUUACAAUAUUGGCGAUUGGCUGAGACCAAUGUUUGAAAACGAUCUUAAUGACAUUCUAAAUCGAACUUGGGGCGAAUUUGACCUUCAAAAUAAAUCUCUCAAAUGUGGUAACAUCACAACAUUACUUAUAACGGAGAUUUUUCAUGCUAGAGUUGAUUUCGACGACAUUAUCAAUCAGGAAAAGAUUUUAGCGACUACCUUUCAAUUUGAUAAUUUUCAAAACUUUACUUUUGCUUUAAACCAAACUUUACGGUUUAAUAUUAAAGUAGGUGCACAAGUUAUGUUUCACGACAUCACUACUAAGAAAAUGAGGAAACUCGUUGAUCCACCCAGUCUGAAAAUUCGCUUGCCUCAUGAUUUCUUUUACCCUUUCGUGAAAAUAGAUAAUCAUGGUGUUAGGCAAGCACUAUUUAUGAAUGUAAUAGUACUAGGAUUGAUUUUUGUAUUCACAUUCAAAUAAAAUGUUUCAAGAGAA